GAGGAUCUGAGUGAGAAAUAGCGACUCUUCUUCUUUCUUCUUCAUCAUCUUCAAAUCUUCAAUCCUCCUAUGGCGUCAAUACUAUCUUCGUUCAAAUACUCAGACAGUCUCUCAGUAGUAGGCAUCUCAAUCUGCACGGCUUUCCUCUGCGAAGGCAUAUCAUGGAUCCUCAUCUAUCGCACUUCCUCAUACAAAUCCCUCCGCUCCACCAUCGACAAAGCCUCGAAGAAGCUGGAGAUAAUGAAGACCGUAGACAACAAGGGAGGAUCCAACAAGAAAUCCAAGACCAAGAAGAUCGAUCGAGUAGAGACCAGUCUCAAGGAAUCCAGCCGUGAUCUCUCCCUCGCCAAAAUCAAAUCCGGAGCCGUUGUCGCUCUUGUGCUUUUCGUCGUCUUUGGUUUACUGAACUCCCUUUUCGAUGGAACGGCCGUAGCAAAAUUGCCCUUCGCUCCGACUGGAUUUGUUCAGAAGAUGAGCCACCGUGGUCUUCCUGGCAAUGAUCCAACUGACUGUUCCAUGGCCUUCUUAUAUUUCUUGUGCUCUAUUAGCAUUCGCACCAAUUUGCAGAAAUUUCUUGGGUUUUCUCCUCCGAGAGGUGCUCCCGGUACUGGGUUAUUUCCGAUGCCUGAUCCAAAGAUCAAUUGAUUUGGUUUAGCCGGCGGUGAGGUUGUUGUUCGGUUUCGUUGAUCCUUAUUUAUUGGGAUUUACUUUGCUAUUGCUAUUUAUAUUUGUUAAAGUUUGCGAUUGUUGUUAGGCAAUGGAUCGUGUUUCAGGCGCUUUUGUGUAAUGUAAUUUUCUUCUGGAGCUGUACUAGACUUGUCAGUAGAAUGGAUCCAAUGAGUAAAUUUCAGCCGUUUAUUAAUAAUUAUUGCAUCUGUGCUUGAUUUCUUU